AUGCAUAUCCCGACGAAAGCCCUACAGAAAUCCACAAAGUACGAUCGCAAGCCCCUUGCCUGCUCAUCGUGCGUCUUGAACCCAAUAAUGACAGUCAGAUACUCUGAACAGGUCCUUCCAGGAUGUGUACGCUUCUAUGACGACUCCCUUAACCCUCAGAUCGACUCGUUCGACUACGUUUACGCCGAGUCCUCAAAGUCUAAGUUUUCCCAACGACUACCCAAUAGUCGCGUCCAACCGCAACGUCGCCUCAGCGCUGACGUGGACAUGUGCGACUAUCGUCCGCCAUUACUUCCUCGAAGGCCGACGUACAACCUGGAUCGUCCACGAAUUGAAGUACGCCGACCAGUCGUAAUCCUACCCAGCCCUGAUGCAUCCUUGCCAAUUUCUCUACCGUCAUCCUCACACCAGUCACUACCGCCUCUUUACCUUUUGGAAAGUAAGCCUCCAUCGCCUAUAGCGCCUCUUUAUGGACCCCGCCCACUUACUGCCGAGAAUUUGGCUCGAUUUAAUAUGCAAGAGCAUCUCCAGCCGGUGCCAUCACAUCUUUCGGGUCAGCACGCCCUUAUCCCACACGCGCAACCUCCUCCCAGACGUAUACAUGCUCUACCGUCCGUCCCUCCCUCUGUCUGGCAGCGACGGCAGCCGCAGCAUAUUCCCAUCUCCCUCGUGUCCAAUCCCUGGAUUCGCUCUAUUAUUACGACCUUCCGCUCCUCGUGCGCUCAGCUUCUCGUUCGUGAGCGCCAGGAGAAGGAAGAGCUCCGGAAGGAAUUGCAUGAGUUGAGAAAGAGCGUCAAGCGGCCAUUGAGGGAAGGAAGAAGUCCGUAUUCGCGUGAGAGCAGCAGCUCACAGGCAAGUGACGAGCUACAGUAUCCAGCCUCGACUCCGAAGCGAAGGCGCUUAUCAGUUUCGUCUGAAGAUGGUGUUAAACCCGUCCCGCAGUUGUUCGAGCCUGUGCUGCGGGAUCAUGUUGCGGUCAUGGUGCCGCUGGUUGAGGAUGUGAUAGAGCCGCGGGUGAAGGAAGAGGUAGUAGAGGUGUGCAUCGCUGAGAUGAAGGUAGCGAAGGCGAUCAAGGAGGAGGAAGCUUCGGCUCCGCCUGCUCCUUCAUACCUUUCGGAUCCCAUGACACUGCCGGCGAUCGUACCAUGGGCCCAACAUGACGUUGAUGAUGGGAUGGGCGAGUGCGAUAUGGAUCUGGAGAGUGAUGGCGAGCCAGAUUUGGAGGAGGGGGAAAUAUAUGAAGAUCGCUCCCUUGUGUCCCCGUCGCCAUCGAUAAGCACAGAUUCAUCAGCGGCUACGUUGGUCGACGCGGUGGAGAACAAGUGGUUGAACAUGGUUAUAAUAAAAUAG